UCCAAGUCACAUUCAGUUGAUAGGAUGAAAAAAUUUAAGAGAAGAUUGUCCCUCACACUUAGAGGAAGUCAGACUAUUGAUGAAUCAUUGUCUGAAUUGGCUGAACAAAUGACUAUUGAAGAAAACAGCAGUAAAGAUAAUGAGCCUAUUGUGAAGAAUGGCAGGCCUCCAACCUCUCACAGUAUGCACUCCUUCCUCCACCAAUACACAGGGUCCUUCAAGAAGCCACCACUGCGGAGACCACAUAGCGUUAUUGGAGGGAGCCUCGGCUCCUUUAUGGCAAUGCCCAGAAAUGGAAGCAGAUUAGAUAUUGUUCACGAAAACCUCAAAAUGGGAUCAGAUGGUGAGAGUGACCAAGCUUCUGGGACAUCUUCUGAUGAAGUUCAGUCACCUACAGGUGUCUGUCUUAGAAAUCGCAUACACAGACGGAUCUCAAUGGAGGAUUUAAAUAAGAGGCUAUCACUGCCUGCAGAUAUCAGAAUACCUGAUGGGUAUCUUGAAAAGUUGCAGAUAAAUAGUCCACCAUUUGACCAGCCAAUGAGCCGAAGGUCUCGUCGAGCUUCCUUAUCAGAAAUUGGGUUUGGGAAAAUGGAAACAUACAUAAAGCUGGAAAAGCUUGGGGAGGGUACAUAUGCAACCGUAUAUAAAGGAAGGAGUAAAUUGACAGAGAACUUGGUGGCAUUAAAAGAGAUCCGGUUAGAACAUGAAGAAGGUGCACCUUGCACAGCUAUUAGAGAAGUUUCACUAUUAAAGGAUCUAAAACAUGCAAAUAUAGUGACUUUACAUGACAUUGUUCACACAGAUAAAUCUUUGACCUUGGUCUUUGAGUAUUUGGAUAAAGACCUAAAGCAGUACAUGGAUGACUGUGGAAAUAUCAUGAGCAUGCACAAUGUAAAGUUGUUUUUAUAUCAAAUUCUACGUGGUUUGGCUUAUUGCCAUAGAAGAAAGGUGUUACACCGAGACUUGAAACCACAGAACCUUCUCAUUAAUGAAAAAGGAGAAUUAAAGCUCGCAGAUUUUGGACUAGCUAGAGCCAAGUCAGUUCCCACAAAGACCUACUCAAAUGAAGUUGUCACAUUGUGGUACAGGCCACCUGAUGUCCUACUCGGCUCCUCAGAGUACUCCACCCAGAUUGACAUGUGGGGCGUUGGUUGUAUUUUCUUUGAAAUGGCUUCUGGAAGACCUCUGUUCCCAGGAUCAACAGUGGAAGAUGAACUGCAUUUAAUUUUCCGACUGCUAGGAACUCCAUCUCAGGAAACUUGGCCUGGUGUUUCUUCAAAUGAUGAGUUUAAGAACUACAGUUUUCCAAAAUAUAAACCACAGCCUCUAAUAAAUCACGCACCCAGGUUAGACUCUGAAGGGAUUGAGUUGAUAACAAGAUUUCUUCAGUAUGAAUCUAAGAAAAGACUGUCAGCAGAAGAGGCCAUGAAACACGUAUAUUUUCGAAGUCUGGGACCAAGAAUACAUGUGUUACCUGAAAGUGUAUCAAUAUUCAGUUUGAAAGAGAUUCAGUUGCAAAAGGACCCCGGUUUUCGAAAUUCUUCUUAUCCAGAGACAGCUCAGUAACUCUUCCGAGAGAAAUCUGACUCAGUCAAGUCAGGGAUCCUGAAAGCUGCAGAUGGCACAAAAACCGUUUACAAGUGGCCUGGCUUGAUCUCUGCAGACGCCAUCCCUGGCACCUGAGCAGAAGACACGUCUUGUGCUUCCCUAGUCUUCAGGUUCAACACUUCGAAGCAUAGAAGCUAUAGACUGACCCCAUCAACAAAAGGGUUAUUCUAAGACAGUGCUGAUCACCCUUACCAUGGAAUAUUAGCUUUUGCUGGUGGGAACAUUAGCUUCCUAGUCACCCAAUACUGUAUGUGGGAUAAAACUGAACCUUGAACUGCCUCAUAAGAUGACUUUAUAUUUUAGGACAUGGGAAGAACAGAAGACAGAGCAUGCUCUUUUAAGUCUGAUAACAUGAUUUCAAGCCCAGCCCCUCUCCCCCCAGCCUUUCUUAUCAAUCAAGGACUCAGAUCUGAAGGCAAUUAUUUCUUUUGGUGGACUUGGAAUCUUCAUUUGUCUACACUGUCCUUCUUCACAGUGGAGUCUUUUUAUUUCAGACCUACAGAUUGUUUUAUAUUCGUUGUCACAGUGUGACAAUUUUUUUGUACAGUUGGUUUUAAGGUCUUCUCUGCCAUUAGAGCCAGUAGGUUACAGCUAUUGAUGUAACUGUAGCUGCAAUUUUUGUGCAGGACUGAGAAACACAGUGCAUUAUUUAUUGCGGAAUCAUUGCUGCUAAAUAACUACUGUCUGUUUAUUUAACACAACAAUUGAAUGCCUGAAGAAGUUGCAGUGGCUUUAUUAUAUGUGAAUGCAUCUGUUUCUCCUCACCAAUUGUUAUACUGCUGCAUUUGUUUGUUUGUUUUUAAAAUUAAACUGCAGUGUUUCCUGGAAUGUAAAGUUAGCUUUGCUUUAACAGUACAAUAAGUGAGCCAUCUUGAACACUCUUAAGUUCAUGCUACAUCAUUUUUUAUUGAACAUUAGCAGGUAGAUAGCUAAGAAAUUAAUAAGCACAUUAUGUUUAUUAAAGCAUGUGAUGCAGAAGUUGAUUUCAAGCAAGUGAAUACCUGAUAGAUACCAAUAAAUUAAAGCACCAAAAUUAUUUAUUUUACCUUUCCUCAUUUUUAGAAAUAUUUACUGCAUAUUAUUGGAUAUUUGUAGACUAAUAUACUUACAUAUUUUAUGUUGUGCUUUAGUUAAAACUAAAUUAUACAAAUCCAGUCAAACAUGAACAGUCUUGUUUUUGUUUUAAAUACGCUUCUUUGAUUAGAAAGGAUGAUAUUUCAUGGAGAUAGUUUCUUUCUGUUGGGGGCCAUGUGUGUUUGUUUUAAUAACACUCACAUGGAACCAGCUAAAAGCUGUAAUGUAUCUUUGAUAUGAGCCAUGAUAAAUAUAGAUGAAAGAAAUGAGUUUUGGGGAUUUUUUUAAAGGAUUGUGUAGGAAUUAUCUGUUUACCAGAGAUAAUGAAUACUACAGUUUUAAUUAUGCACCUCUUUGAACAUCUUAAACAUGCCUUGGUGUUGGUAACAGUGUUUUAAGCAUUUGUGUUCACUUUAAAGGAUUGCUUAGUGCAUCUUACAUAUCGCAAAUUUCAAUUGAUAUAUUUUGAAAUGGUCAUGUAAUUUUUUGGUUUAUAUAUCAUGAAAAUAGUCAUAACUUAAAUUUUUUCCCUGACAUUCACUGUAAAACAUUCAGGGGUCCUACCAUUUCUAUUCAGGAAAUCUUGUAGUUUAUUGUUAUUUAACAGUAUUAAGUGAAUUUUUGUAUAUUUCAUUUUAACUUUAUUUGUGAAUAGUGACUGUGGCAUGUUUGGGUAUUAUUUUAAUAUUUCAUGAUACUGAAAUUUUAAUUUUUAUAAAAAAAUUCUGAAACAAGAUUCAUGUGUAAUGGUGAAUAUUGGACCACUACUGCUUUUCAAAUAUGUAAAUUGGUUUUAUGUUAAAUCUUAUAACCUAACUGCUGUUGUUUCUAACUGACAGACAUGUAUUAAUAUUGUACUUUGAGGGUUAUAAAUAUUAUGUGGAAAUUCCUCCAUUUUGUUUUGAAAUUUAUAAUAACAAAAUCUUCAUGUUGUUAAAA